AUACAGGCAUUUUGGGCGAGAUGACGAUAGGCUGUGGACAAGACGUUCAAGGUUAUACAAACAGCCGCCCGGGCAGGGACCCGGCAGUGUGCUUCUGGCCGCCAGGGGGAUUACACGCACGCUCUAGCUCCAAGCACAUGUGCCGCCAGUGGUGGAGGGCGACGACCACGACCUGAAGAUGUUGUUGUUGUUGUUGGGAGUGUUGGUGGUGCUCUGUGCCCUCUACCUGGCCUCCUGCAAGCCCCGGGGCUUCCCCCCAGGUCCAACGAGGCUGCCUCUGGUCGGCUACCUGCCGUUCAUGGGGAAGGAGCCGCCCCACAAGCAGUGGUGGAAGCUCUCCUCGACCUACGGCCCGGUCGUCGGUCUGUACAUGGGCAACACCCCCCUGGUGGUGGUCAAUGGCUGGCGCGCCGUCAAGGAGUCCCUCCUCAAUGAGGACCUCAAUGGGCGACCUGAUAAUAUAUUCGCUGAGAUACUGUACGAUGGCAAGCAGAGAGGAGUAAUGUUCGUGGAGAAUGACUUCUGGAAGGAACAGCGGCGGUUCACCCUCCACCAGUUCCGUAAUCUUGGGUUUGGUAAGAGGUCCCACGAGGAAGUUAUCCAGGAUGAAGCCAGAGAACUCCUCGAGGAGAUAGAGGAGACCAAAGGCAGCAUCAGACUCCAGGGUCUGGCGGGCGUGUCAGCCAUCAACAUCCUGUGGGCGCUGGUGGGCGGGACCAGGUUCAGCAGGAAGGACCCGUCCCUCUUGUACCUCGUCGACAUUCUCAACGUCUUGUUCCGUGCUGGAGAAAUCACAGGAGGCAUUGUGAAAGUGUUCAAGGGUGUGCGCCACGUCCUGCCCAGGAGCGCAGGCUUCAACACCGUCAUCAACAACAUGAAGCCCAUCCUGGAAUUUAUAACGAAGGCGCUGCAGGAACACGAGGCUACCAUCGACCCCGCCAAUCCGCGGGACUUUAUGGACCUCUACAUCAACGAAAUCAACAAGAAUAAACACAACCCAGACACCACAUUCACAAGUUUCCAACUGUACGCUUUGUGUACGGACCUGUUCAGUGCCGGGGUGGAGACUGGGUCGUCGUCCGUGGCCUUCUCGGUCCUUCUGUCCGUGCUCAAUCCCCGUGUGAUGUACAAAGUACAUAAGGAGCUGGACAGUGUCAUAGGACGCAGCCGUCUUCCCUGUAUAAGCGACCGAACCAAGUUGGUGUACACUGAGGCGACGCUGACGGAGGCUUUCCGCUUCAGGGGCGCCGCACCACUGACCGUUCCUCACAAGGCCCUCAGGGACACUAUGCUGCAGGGUCACCGUAUCCCAGCGGGAGCUACAGUGAUGAACAACCUCUACAGCAUCCACAUGGACAAGGACUACUGGGGUGACCCGGAGAUCUUUCGCCCGGAGAGAUUCAUCAACCCCGACGGGUCAUAUCGCUCAGAUGAGCGCAUGAUUCCCUUCGGCAAAGGUCGUCGAGCGUGUCUGGGAGAGUCUCUUGCUAGGAUGACAACAUACCUGCUCUUCACGGCUCUCAUGCAACGCUUUCUCUUCACCCUGGAUCCGGCUCUUCCUGUGCUGGAUACUGAGGGUAAGUAUGGAUUCACACUCGGCCCACCAGACUUCAAAGUCUUCGCCAAAGCCAGAUUCUAAAGCCAGCAAUGAAGCCUCCAGAGCUCAGAGUCUUCGUCAAAGCCAGCAAUGAAGCCUCCAGAGCUCAGAGUCUUCGUCAAAGCCAGCAAUGAAGCCUCCAGAGAUCAGAGUCUUCGUCAAAGCCAGCAAUGAAGCCUCCAGAGCUCAGAGUCUUCGUCAAAGCCAGUACCCGAGCAUCAAGAAAUCGGAGUCUUCGCCAAAUUAUGCCAGCACUCAAACUUCCAGAAAUCGGAGUAUUCACCGAAGCCAGGAACAAAAGCCUCCAGAGAUCAGGUUCUUCGCCAAAGCCAGGUUCAGAAGCUAGCACUCAAGCCACCGGAAUUCAGAAUUAUAUACUGUAUGUGGGCAAGAGACGCAAGUUUACGUUUGUAAUCCUUUUCUGAAAUAUUAAAGCAUUGAAUAAAUA